GACCCAGGUAGAGACAAGUCCUUUGCCCCAGCGUGUGCUGGCUGAGAAUGCGUUUAUCCAAAGCACUGCUCGACAUGGACAUGGCCGAUUACAGCGAGGCUCUGGACCCAGCCUACACCACGCUGGAGUUUGAGAACAUGCAGGUGCUCGCGAUGAGCACAGACUCCUCGCCCACAGAGAGCGUCGGCAUGAAUGCCGCCCACCAGCUGGGGGCAGGGACCCUCUGUGCCAUCUGCGGGGACCGGGCCACGGGGAAACAUUACGGGGCGUCCAGCUGUGAUGGCUGCAAGGGCUUCUUCAGGCGCAGCGUCCGCAAAAACCACAUGUACUCCUGCAGGUUCAACCGACAGUGCAUAGUGGACAAAGACAAGAGGAACCAGUGUCGAUAUUGCAGGCUGAAGAAGUGCUUCCGGGCGGGAAUGAAAAAAGAAGCCGUACAAAACGAAAGAGACAGAAUCAGUACGAGGAGGUCCAGUUACGAAGACAGCAGCUUGCCUUCCAUAAAUGCCCUCAUCCAGGCGGAUGUUCUAUCGAGACAGAUUUCUCCCACAGUGCCCAUUCUGAACGGCGACAUCAGGACAAAGAAGAUGGCCACCAUCACAGACGUGUGUGAAUCCAUGAAGCAGCAGCUGCUGGUCCUGGUGGAGUGGGCGAAGUACAUCCCGGCAUUCUGUGACCUCCCGCUGGACGACCAGGUGGCCUUACUGAGAGCCCAUGCGGGAGAACAUCUUCUUCUAGGGGCUGCCAAGAGGUCGAUGCUCUACAAAGAUCUGUUGCUAUUAGGAAAUGACCACAUAAUUCCACGUAACUGCCCUGAACUGGAGGUCAGCCGAGUGGCAGUGCGGAUCCUCGACGAGCUCGUGUUGCCCUUCCAGGAUCUCCAGAUAGACGAUAACGAAUACGCCUGCUUGAAAGCUAUUGUUUUCUUUGACCCAGAUGCCAAGGGACUUAGUGACCCUGGGAAGAUCAAGCGCAUGCGUUACCAAGUACAGGUUAGUCUGGAGGACUACAUCAACGACCGGCAGUACGACUCGCGUGGCCGCUUCGGCGAGCUGCUCCUGCUGUUGCCCACGCUACAGAGCAUCACCUGGCAGAUGAUCGAGCAGAUUCAAUUCGUCAAGCUCUUCGGCAUGGCCAAAAUAGACAAUCUGUUGCAGGAGAUGCUGCUGGGAGGCUCAGCCAAUGAGGCACCCCAUGCGCCGCACACUCUUCACCCUCACCUGGUCCAGGAGCACCUCAAUAGCAAUGUCAUUGUAGCUGGCAGCAUGGCCACACCCCUUCACAAUGGCCAGAUCUCCACUCCUGAGACACCAAUCCCAUCACCCCCUGCAGCGUCCAGUUCAGAGCACUAUAAGAUGACCCAGGGCGUCAUCGCCACGGUGCCCAAGCAGACCAGCUCCAUCCCCCAGCCCACCAUCACCAAGCAGGAGGGUAUCUGAGGUCCCUUUGAAGCCCACCUCCCCACCCCUUACAGCCACACAUUCUUUAAGGCUUCCCUCAUUCCGCUCUCUAUGGGAACAGCAGAAGGAGCGUAAACAAAAUAUUAAUAAAGAAUGCGUGGUCUACAUUGAUUGUACAUGUUUAGGUUCUGAUUUCUGACUUUUGACAUGUGCAUUUAAAAAUAAGUAUUAUUCUUUAUCAUAACAUAGACAAAAAAAUAGCAUUAUUAAAAUGUUAGCAGCAGGCAAAGCCAGCAUCACACUAUUUUUUUAAAUAACAAAAAACUUGACAAUUAUAUGAGAACUAUGUUUUAUCAGGGCAUAAGAGCUCAACAGACUUCUUUUACAGUUACAGAAGUGGUCUUUUUAGACAUGUAUCAGGUUAUGUGAGUAUCCAAAAUCUUUUUUUUCUUUUGCUUUCAAGUGUAAAACCAGAGAAAUCAGGUAAGAUGAUUGCUGGUGUUGCUUGUUUUGUUUUGUUUCGUUUAAUUUUGUUUUGUUUUGUUCCACUGCCAGCAACGGAAAUGACCCUUAAAUUCCAGUGUUUAUUAUGUUUUCUUUGCUGUACAUAACUCAGGACUGUACAAUAUAAUGCAUUCUACAGAAGAAUAAAACAUUUAAAAGUUUAUACAAAAAUGUAUACAUUCAACCUCA